AUUUCAGUACCAAGAGCGGUAACCCCGAGCUACACUCGGGAAUACUAUGCGGCACUGCUCCGGCAUUUGUUCUUCACUUACCUUACCCUGCGCUCCCACAUUGUGUCCCCUGCAGCGUCCCCGGCCAUCUCCUCCGGCCGAUGCCGGCAUCCGGCUUCUGUGUCCUGUCCCUGUGACGUCGGGACGUACGGGCAUCGCUGGCGGCGCGAGAAAUUUAAAAAUUUUUAAAAAUGUCAUUUUUUUUUUUUUUUACAUUUUACAUAUGCUGUGUUCUGCGCCCUGCCUGCAUUAUUUUUAUGUUGUCUGUUCUUUC